AUGGAAGCCGCUCAAAAGAAGCUGACGGACGAGGUUGCGCGGAAGAUCGACAACAUGUCGACCGCGGUCUCCGCGACAGCAGAGCGGGCAAUCACCACCAGCGGGGUCACGAACGCGCUGCACACCCUCAUCGCGCUCGUUGGAGGAGCCCCCCUGCCGCGCACGAAUAAUGAAGGAAUGGCCGCGACGGAGAUUGCCGAGACCGGGGAUGCAGAGCAUGGAAAACGGGCAACGAGUGCGAAGGCGGAGAAUCAAUGGGGGGCGAAGAGGCAGAGAGGUCCCCAGGCAGUGGCCGCGGUGCGCAAUCCGAGCGUGCAGGACAUGCUGAAGCAGAAGUGGGGCGCUGCAUCACGAGGUGCAGCACCGCCUGGUCAACCGGGUUCUAGCUCGCGCUCCAUCCCACCUGGAGGAGCUGCACCCAAACCACCGGGCCCUGCCGGGGCAACCGCGACAGUGACAAGUACUUCCGCAGCGGCUGCUGCGGCAGAGGGCAGGCAGACCACGCUCACACCCGCUCGUGCUGCAAUCACCGCGGGAAAUCUGCACAGCGCACUGGCAUCUGCAAGUCCUAUCGCGGCCUCGAUUGAGGUCAAGGCGGAGAAACGCGGACGGGGUGGCAAGAAGUUGCCCCCUCCACCCGUGUACACAAUCGACAAGGACGAUGCGGAUGAGGAGCUGGAGGGUCUCGUGAGCAGGUGGGUCGAGGCGGGCGACGGAGGAGAGCAGGGUGGGGAGGCCGCGGUCGAUGUUUAUAGCGGCGGGGAGAGUGCAGACGAGCAAGAUGGAGACCCCGUGAUCGUGGAAGGUGGCACAACGGGAGGACAUGGUGACACCGGCCCCAAGCACAAGGGCUGCGGCAUCCGCGCUCCACCCAGGGGCGGGCCCGGAUUGGUUUCUGAACCCCAUCUGGGGGGGAAGAAGCGAUGGCUCGGACACGGCGACCGCGAAGACCUGCAGUACAAGACCGCGAUCGCGAUGUGGCAACGCAUGUUCGAUUCCUAUCGCGAGCUAACCAAGCCCAGAAUGCACACCACCAACGUGAUUGCAUGGGCCACGGUGGUAGGCAAGGAGGUUGCGGCAGAAGAAGCGGAUCUCGGCGACGUGGAGCCGACGGACUACGCGGGAGCGAUCGCAUGCGCCAUUGUAAUGGUGUGGGAGGUCACUCGCGGUUCUAACGUCACUGCCGCAGCAGAUAAUGGAAACCUGGCCGCGCGUGCUGCUGGUUGCUAUGGAGAGCGAAGCCGUCUCUUCCCCGUAGUAUCCGCGUAUGUCAUCAAUGCGGUGCGGAAGCGCAAUCGCCGCGAGGAAGAUGAGCCAUAG